CCUCUAUUCUACCAUGCCGACGUCCGCCCCUGGCCUCUGCCUGGCCAGCCCAGGAUCGUACUAUUACGCCGACGGGGAGCAGCUUCCCUCGCGGCCAACUCGACUGCCGACCUUAUCCGCGAACGCGUACGAUUUUCCCUCGCGGGGCAAAAAGAGGAGAGGCGUCCCUCUACGGUCGGACGGAAAACUGGCGUCUCUUCCGGCUCGGCUCCGUCGGCCAAGCGAAAAGGCGAGACGCGCGAGAACGUGGCUGCGACACAACGCAAACUCCUGGUGAUGAUCUGCGACCGGAGGUGAUAAGAGUUCGCUCGAGUGCCGGAGAAGAUCGGCGAAAGAAAAAGAGAGAGAGAGAGAGAGAGAGAGAGAGAGAGAGAAAGAAGGUUGAAGUGGUCGAUGCUGGUUGAUCGGUAAAAUUGGACGAUUGGAGCAAAAUUGGGAAUGUUGGAUGCUGGAGGAUGGAGUUACAGUGAUCCUCGUGGAUUUUGUCGCCGGUUUGUCGUAGAGUCGUGAUGGUGUGACGUUAGGGUAGUUUCGUACCACGAGCAAAGAUAACACGGAGUGGAGUGGUUUCUUGGACGAGUGGAGUUUCGACUGGAAGCACGUAAUUUUGGCAAAUGUUUGAAUCCCUUAUGUCAGUGUGCUUUCCACUUGCGAUAGAACUCAGGGACGUUUCUAGCAGAUUCCAAUUUCACUUCAAUUCGCUCCGGAUUAAUUCCAAUGAAUGAGACAAUCGGCUUUGAACUGACGACUCUGAGAAAUUCCACGACACCCGUUUCACGCGGAUCAACUUUCCAACGCAGUCCACUUCAAUCGUCCAACAUUCUACCGGGACUUUCCAACCUCGCGAGUGUCGUCGCGGCCGCUUCCGACGGAUCCCGUGAACGACGUCGACGUUCGAUCGUGCCUUUCUACGACGUCCCUCGUGCAUUAUUGUCCACACCGUGCUUGGGAAACGCUUGCGACUCGUGACUCAAGGUCAACGCUGCCAGUCGGAUGGAAAUAGCCAGCUUCGACGAGUGAAUCUCGCGGUGUGGGAACCGAAGCGCUGGCACGGAAAGCGACGGCAGACACCGGCCAGACAGAAGAAGCGUCGAAGACGAUCGGUGAAAUUCACCGCCGUGUUUACAGCUGAUUGAACUAACACUCAGAAUGCGCCGGUGGUCACGGCGGUUCUUCUCGAGAUGCUGAAGGAAGUGGGCUGUGGGAGCAGCACACCCCCACCAGGGGAUGGUGCCGUCAGCAAUCGGCAGAUCGGCACCAGCGAGAACAACAACACCGACGGUGGCCUCGGCUGCGGGGGUUGCGGCAGAGAGAUAGCCGAACGGUGGUAUCUAAGGGCUGCGGACCGCGCGUGGCACUGUGGCUGCCUUCGUUGCUGCCACUGCCGUGUGCCUCUCGCCGCCGAGUUGACGUGUUUCGCCAGGGACGGCAACAUCUACUGCAAAGAGGAUUAUUAUAGGUUGUUCGCCGUUUCGAGAUGUUCGCGAUGUCGAGCGGGCAUCUCCGCGUCGGAGCUGGUGAUGCGCGCCAGGGACUUGGUUUACCACGUGGCCUGUUUUACGUGCGCCUCGUGCGGCACCCCGCUGAACAAGGGCGAUCAUUUCGGGCAGAGGGAUGGCCUGGUCUACUGUAGACCUCACUACGAGUUGCUGUGCUGCGCUGGGGAUUACGGGAGCGCAGCCAGCAAUAUCGAGGACAUCGGCUCGCCAGGAGUGUCGCCGCUUCCGGCUUAUUACAGCGCCGCGGAGCAGAGCCCGAUUACCUCGUCCGGUACCGUGCAGAAGGGUCGUCCCAGAAAGAGGAAGCUGUCGGAAGUCACUGGAUCCGACUUGCCUGUCACCAUGAGGCUGGCCGCUGGUGCUCUUGAGCUGCUUCACCCGACCGAACUGUCCUCGUCCAUGGAGUCUUUGGCGGCGUACGAAGCGUCUGUCGGUUCACCCGGGCCGGUGCAUCAGAGCCAGCGAACGAAGCGGAUGAGAACGAGCUUCAAGCACCAUCAGUUGCGGACGAUGAAGAAUUAUUUUGCUAUAAAUCAGAAUCCCGACGCGAAGGACCUCAAGCAACUGGCGCAGAAGACGGGACUCUCGAAGAGGGUGCUUCAGGUCUGGUUCCAAAACGCUCGCGCGAAAUGGCGACGAAACAUGAUGAGGCAGGAGGGCAACACGACGACGAGCAACGUGGGGUGUCCAGGCACGCCCGUGCCGUCGAACACGGCCGGCUCGCCGAACGUAGGACCGGCGGCCAGCAUCCUAGGCGACAGCAACAGCAUGCCGUCGACCUCGAUGGAGGAGCUGCACGCUCUUCAUCACCUACAUUCCGGCGUUUCCUCUCAGGUCUCGUUCUCCGAUCUUUACUGACGACGGCUUGAGAUGGAGGAAGACAGCUACAGCAGCCUUUCCAGCCAUCUUGGAUGAAGGAUAUUGGCCGCGUCUUCCUUUUCGAAUCGAUUUCCUCGGCGCCCGUUUUCUCAGAGGAUAAAGCGUGGACUUUCCUACCCUCUCCCCCUCCCCGCCGCAAUCGGCUUAAUUUUCUUCCCCUAUUCUUGCUCGAGAGUUUCGACCAGUUGAUUGUUGACCAACGUUUGACAUCGUUGGGCGACGUUUCGGUUCGAGAAAAAAAAAAAAAAAGUAAGAAAAAAAUAAUAAAACGUAGAAGACCGCGUUUCCGUUGAGUAGUCCUUUGAAUGGCGCGAGAAUCGAAUUCUAGGCGAAUUCUAGGGACUCCUAGGGACGCUGAAUCCUUCGACGAAUUUCCCGGUGAGUAAUAAAUCCGAGAGCGUGUUGCUUCCCCGUGUUGUUUUCGAAUGACUUAGAUCGCCGCGGUCAUUUGUCCGAUAAGGAGAAUUAAUGAUUUCGAUUAAACCGGCUCGUUAGAAAGCCACGUUUCUUAAUUAAUAAGCGACACGCGGCCAAUGAAGACGUUUACAAUCGCUAAUGGCUUGCAAACGAUCCGUUCCUACAGAGGCUUGUCAAAUCCCCGCAAUUAUCGCAUUCGUUCAAGCAAAACCGACUAUUAAACGCCUCUCGAGCGAUUAUACUUCAGCAACAAUCUGCAAACGUCAAUUACACGUAACAAGAACAAACGACCGUUCAUCGAUCACCAGCCACGAUUUACGUGGCCGAGCCACGCUAAAAACCGAUCGGCCAAUCCAUCAACCACCCGUACGUACAAGGUUGCAUAAAACGAAUCGAGCCAAGCAUCUUCCAGAUCUACGCUGUUAUCGAUUUCUACGUCGAUCUCUACUCCAUCGAUCGAGACACACGGUUGGUCUACCGAGUUGUAACUCACCGGGAAACGGUCAAGGUUCGCCGAUAAUGGCAGAUCGACGCGGCGCCAACAGCGUUUUUAGGCUGAAACGGUUUAUGUUUAAGCGAUCAGUGAUAAUAAUCAUAGUUCCAUGCACAUCCGAUUUACCAAAGGUACUAGGCGAUAGUUUGUCUCGCUAGCGAGAGCGCGAGUCGGGUUUCGACGUCGACGGUCGAGGUGGCAUAGGUGGGUAGAUUCGUCGAAAUAAGGGGGAAGAAACGAUCCUGUCCUACGGUGAUAAAACUGUCCCGUGUCUUCUUGGAUCGUGAGACUAAGAAGAGUUCCGACAGAAUGGGCGUAUCCCACCCUUCUCCACCGUGUAAUUAUAUUACACCGCCGGAUUGUUUCGUUUGUUUCAACUGGUCCGGGUUUUUAAAGCUUCAGAUCGAUUUCGCAGUAGCGAUUCUUGUUCCGGUUGAUUAUUAUUUAUUUACAUUUUCUUCUUCGGCGUGUAAAGAAACGGCGACACGAAUUUGAAUAGAAUAUUUCUAAUUACAAACGAAACUGCUGUGUUGAAUUUGAUGGAAGAAUAUUUCUCAUUUGUAUGCUCGAGUCAUUGAGAAUAUAUUUAAAAUAACUAUUGGUCGAUCGAUCGACUGAUGAGUCGUCUACGUGUCAUUUUCGAUAGCUCGAAAAUCGAGGCGUGUUUCGAGUCUGAAGUUAUUUCGACGUAUCUCGGUGUUUCUUCUCCGUGGCACCGUAGCCCGACAUCGCGCGCUGCUUCACUCCUCCUUUUUAGCCGAGAACCGUGUCACGACGACACUUUUUGAUAAUGGCGAUUUACGGGCUAGAGAAUCGCGAACGAACGAACGAACGACAGGUGUGGUAAAACGGCGUUCCUCUCCUCGUGCCAAAAACGUACGUACAUAACGAGUAGCUAAGAUACGAGUUCUUUUUGUACGGUGCCGAUCGAGUCCGAGGUAUUUGCGCGAUUGUUCAAAUAAAACGAUCAUUCCUCUUUUCGUUCCAAUUCGUAUCUCGAAUAAGCGCGAGAUCUUAUCGUAUUUUGCAAUUUAUUGCUUGUCUGUCAUUGUAAAAAAAAAAAAAAAAAAAAUGAAGAAGCCGAAAGAAGAAGAAACGAAGGAAUUCUUCAUCCGAUCAAAAAUGGUGGAUCUUUGGACUCGAUCGACACGGAAUACACUCAUUCGACCAUUGACGACACGGUAUAUAUAUUAUAGACGAUGAAAAUUAGCGGACAGAUCGCAAAAGUUUUUAGCCAAACGUUAAGCAACGUAGCAGAAGGCUUGGGAAUAUCCUGAGCGCGACCAUCGACAAAGUGUAGCAAAGUGAUGGACGCCAAGAAGAAAAAAAGAAAGAAAGAAAGAAACAGUACCAAAACGAAAAGAAAAAAAAAAAAAAAUCGACGCGAACUUUUCGACUGCGUGACACACGCGUGCGUUGAGGUUCUGACGUGACGUCAAGAAAAAAGAGAAAAUUAAAAAAAAAAAAAAACGAGAGAAUAGAAACGAGGAUUCCUAUGACGAGAAGAUGAGAUUUAUUUGUAACGAUCGAGAACUUAUAAUUUUUAUAUAUAUACGUCGUAAAAUUAGAAGAUGAUAUUUAUCGACUGCAAGCGACGAGAAACGAUCGUCCCGAUGGUAUUCUAAAUCCCGCGAUUCCUCUCGCCGACGUGAAAAUUCCCCAUCAUUCCUUGCCCCGCGGACAACAUCUCGUCAAUUAUCGCGAUCGAUGCGGUUUUUCUUACUCCUUUCCAGAUUUUGGGACGCAGCAAAUCCCAGGAUCAGAGGCAGCCUCGACACGUCGAGUCGAGAAUAGUCUGCAUAGCCGGCAAAGUGGCGGGCAGUCGCAUGUUAGGCAUGUGUAGCAUAGCGAUGAUUUAAUGUACGUCAGCGUCUUAAAAAUCGAAACAAGAAAAAUAAACCAUACACACGAUGCGCGCGCGCGUAUAGACACGCGCGCGCGCGCACACGCACAAACAGAUACACGGGCGAACCAAUUACGUAAAACUGUAUAGAUGAAAUUAAUGUGCAGCAUUCGAGUGCGAGUAUUAUCGUAUAAUAAAUAGUUACGUACAUCUGGA